AUUCGACCUUCGUCCUUCUUCAACAGCGCCAACGACCCUCGUCCCCGUCAACAACCCCCCGUCAACUUCCCCCUUUCGACAUUCAAGAUGACUCACGAGUCCGUUUGGUACUCCCGGCCCCGCAAGUACGGCAAGGGCUCCCGCGAAUGCCGUGUCUGCACCCACCGCGCCGGUCUGAUCCGCAAGUACGGCAUGAACAUCUGCCGUCAGUGCUUCCGUGAGAAGUCCACCGACAUCGGUUUCAACAAGUACCGUUAAACAAACCAAAAACCAUGUCCACCUUUUAACGCCCUUCCCAAUCCAUCCUCGUCUACGAUCCGUUCACUCGUGUACGUACCCUGGCGCUCCUCGAUCUCGAUAGUGUCCGGGAUGGGAAAA